GCAUCGGACGGCGGUUCAUCUUCAUCAUCAUCAUCUUCUUUAUCAUCAUCAUCAUCGCCGCCGCCUCGCUGCGUCCUCGUCUUCAGCGGGAAGAGGAAGUCGGGCAAGGACUUCGUGACGGACUUGCUGCGCGAAAGUAUGGCCAGAUGACUGCUCGGCCACCCUCACGGCCAUGGCAGCGUCAGGAGACCAUCAUCCAGCGGGCUACGUUGCUCUGGCUGGGAGAAGACGUGUGUGCGAUCCUGCGACUGUCUGGACCGCUGAAGAGCCAGUUCGCCAAGGAGCACCAGCUGGAGCUGGACAAGCUGCUGGACGCGAGCGACUACAAGGAGCGCUACCGGGGGGACAUGAUCCGCUGGGGCGAGGCUCGUCGGUCCGCCGACCCCGGCUUCUUCUGUCGACUGGCGACGCAAAGCGACGGGGCGCGGUGCCCCGUGUGGUUAAUCAGCGACGCGCGACGCCGAUCGGACGUGGAUUGGUUCGCUCGCCACCACGGCGCGGUGACGCGCACCGUGCGGGUCUCGGCCUCCGACGGCACGAGGCGGAAGCGAGGAUGGGUGUUCACGGCAGGGAUCGACGACAUGGAGUCGGAGUGCGGCCUGGAUUCCGGAGUGCAGUGGGACUGGAACAUCCGGAACGACGCACCGGACGGCGACCUGGACACUCAGCUGCAGGAGAUUUUGAGUCACGUGGAGCUGCAACUCGGGAGCUGACAAAACGCGUGGCACGGUGGCCUCUCGUCGUCGCCCAAGGCCCCCCCCCCCCUCCCUGGUUGAUUUGCAUGGCCACUGCUGCUGCACGCAACCGCCCUGCCCCGCCCUGCACCGCCCGCCUCCAGUCCCUUUCCAAUCAAAGAGUGCAGCGGUGAGAAACACUGCACUUGGAACGUGGCGACCCGAAUUUGAUUUCCGGACGCGGCUGACAUCGGCGGCGAGUGAUAUGUGAACCUCGGUCCUGGCGUACUUCACCCACCCUUCACCUGCCCUUCACCCGCCCUCCACCCGCCCUUCACCCACCCUUCACCAACCCUUCACCCGCCCUUCACCCGCCCUUCACCUGCCCUUCACCCGCCCUUCACCCGCCCUUCACCAACCCGUACUGCUGACCAGGGUGGCGAAGUACGGUCAAACAACGCCGCCCUGUAUCCCGCCAACCCACCAACGCGCACCGCAUUGCGUGCGCUCUCAGAUGCGGUUCUGCGGCCGUCUGGAACGCUCUUCAAUCCGAUAUUAGGAAACCACUGGGAGCUUUGCACUUUGAAAUCAUCAAGAUUGUAACAGCCAUGUCUUUAGAACCGCUUGAUUCCGAUCAGCAUGAAGAAGUUCAACGUACGUACACACCUGGUGACGUGCCGGCUAGGCCUUCGGCAACAAAUAUAUUAAAGGACCAAAUAUUAUUAUUUAUAGUUGUGUUACACUUGACACCUCUGUGACUCUUGAUCAAAGUGGUUUCUCCUUUCAAGUUAGCAUGUGACCUCACCCUCCAGAGAAAGUGGUGGAAAUCCCAAAUUCCUGUGGCGGGUGCUAGUACGUCCGCGACAUCGGUGUGCGUUCGUGGUUGUAUCUUGUGGUAACCGUCGAACAACACCUCCGCCGAUGGCCUCGCCAGACGGAGACAGCUGCCACUCUUGCCAUGGCAGCCUGCGCCAAAAGGGCAGCCGUAAAUCAAUUAAAGAGAAGAUAAUUUUAAAUAUGCACUUUUCCGCUUCGUGUUCGCACGGUCGGGCAGGACGUCCGACGUUUUGCGUCACGUGCCGGGAGCUUCAUCAGGAACCGUUGAUUCAAACUAGAAUUGGGUUCUUGAAAGAAGCCCCCCGGCGCUGGAGCGAGACGUCGUGCCGAGCAGCACGCCGGGUGCAGACCGAAUCGACGUCAGAGAGAGAGAGAGCGGGGCAGCAGUGGCUGAUUCGACCUGCGCGGUGACAUCACGCGCAGCACACACACACAGAGCAAUCACACACAGACCAUACACACACACAGACCACACACACACACACCACUUACACACGCAGCACACACACACAGACCACUCACACACACAUCACUCACACACACACACCACUCACACACAGACCACUUACACACAGACCACUCGCACGGAGCACUUACACACAGACCACUUACACACACAGACCACUCACACAGACCAUACACACACACAGACCACUCACACAGACCAUACACACACAGACCACUUGCACAGACCACUCGCACAGACCAUACACACACACACAGACCACUCACACACAGACCAUACACACACACACAACAACAACAACAACAACCGCCAUUCGCCACUAAGUGGCGGUGACGUCACCACGAUGCUUGUGCCAGGCCAAGUGCACCUUGAGGCCACGUGAAGUGUCGAAAGCCCGCUGGCAGGAGGUCACGGGGCAGACCCAGCAGGUGCCACGGGUCGACUGACCGAGAUGACCGAGAUGGCUGGCUGAUGCACCACCUGUGCCCCCUACUGUGCCAACUUGCUGUGCUUUAGCCACCCGGCGCUCCGCUCGUUGUUGUGAGCGUCGCUCCUCCGCCCUCCGUUGUUGUUGGAGGGCGACUGCCUCCAACUGCCCAGUAGCGUCCUUCACGAGCCUCCUCCACUGAGGCCGAUCUUGACACCGCUGGUACCAGUCAUCGGCAAGUCCACUCAGCUCCACGUCCUCCUGUACCACAUCACUCCAUCUCUUCUCCAGCCCGUGCCGCGCCCGUCUAGCCCCCUCGAUCCGGCCGAACAAAAGCUGUUUAGGCAUGCGGUGGCUGGGCAUGCGGGCUACAUGACCCAGCCAACGCAGCCUUGCCUGCCGGAGGAGCUCACUGAUGGGACUUUGCCCAGAUCUUUCAAAGAUUUGUGAGCUCCUCACACAAUCCAGCCUGGUUAAACCCAGGAUGGAUCGUAGGCAGGCCAGCCUAAAUGUUUCCAACCGGCGAAGAUGCUCCACCAGGGGGGUCCACGUCUCGCAAGCGUAGAGAAGGGAGGGAAUGACCGUGGCCGAGAAGACCUGAAGCUUCGUGCGGAGCGACAGACCAGGUAGCUUCCACACAGCGUUACGCAACCGAUGAAAAGAUAUUGCCGCUCGACUGAUUCGGAGUGAGACCUCUGCUGAUAGACUGGAGUCGGUCAUAAGCACACUGCCCAGGUAUGGGAAACUCUCCACUCUCUCCACAACUGCCCCAUCACCAAUUGGGAGUUGUGGGGGUGGAGUGUCCGAUGGUACAAAAUACCCAGGCAGGUGCUUAGUUUUGGUGGGGCUGAUGGUAAGGCCCCACCUCUUAGUGGCACGCUCCAGUCUCAGCAGCAGCGCCUCCACCUCCUCUUCUGAAUGAGCAGCUAUUACCAAAUCAUCGGCAUACAUAACGUGGUUGACCAAUAGGGAGCCAUCCCUUGAUCGCACCCGGGCGUCGAUCAGCCUCCCAUUAUAUCUGUACCAAAUGGAAAUUCCCCCGGUACAGCUAUUGAAGGCUUCACGAACAACGCGGUCAAAAUAGAUGUUAAAUAAUGUGGGAGCCAGAGGACAUCCCUGUCGCACCCCAAGGUGUACAGGGAAAGGCUCCGACUCCCGGCCACGUAGUUUUACCCGGGCCCGCUCACCAUCAUGAAGGUCCUUAAUGAUCGUGAGCAGAGGGUCAGGGACUCCGAAAGCACGAAGAACAACCCAGAGCCCAGUCCUACUGAUGGUAUCAUAGGCCUUGACCAGGUCAAUAAAGCAGAGAUGUAGGUCUUUUUGGAAUUCCCUACACCUCUGCUGUAGCAGACGGACAGAAAAUAUGGCAUCUGUGCAGGACCGCCCUUUCCUGAAACCGCAUUGGGGCUCCGCAAGCCUCUCCUCAGCGUGCCUAGCAAGGCGAUGUUGAAUAAUCCUUGCCAGGACCUUACCCGGCACACUGAGGAGUGAGAUGCCCCUGUAGUUGUUACAGUCGGUACGGUCCCCCUUCUUAAAGAGGGGAACCACCAGGGCAUCCUUCCAGUCCUGCGGAACCCGUCCAGUGGUCCAGACUGUUGUUAUGAUGUCAUAUAGGGCAGUCUGUGCACAAACGCCACCCUCCCUCAGCAUUUCGCUUGGGAGAUCAUCUCUGCCCGGUGCCUUUCCUGGUCUCAGACUCCGGAUCGCCUUCAGUACUUCCUCAACAGAUGGCACCUCAGCCAGCCACUCACAGGGGGUGACCUCUUCCAAUAUUUGAGGCACCGCAGCCUCAGCAGGGUUGUCACCACUUUGUGCCAUGAUGUUUCCCUCCCCCAGGACCUCACAGAAAUGCUCAGCAAAUCUGCAAACCUGUUUCUGGGGGUCGGAGAUUGGAUCACCGUUUUUUCCUCUAAUGAUGGUAAUAGGUGUGGCGCUGCAGGUUACUUUUUUGAUGGAGUUAAAUAGUGAUUUGUGAUCACGGGCCACUGAGGCAGACUCCAUCUCCUCAGCAACCCGCGACCACCACCCAUCCUUACAGCGCCUGACGGCUCUCCGAACUUCCGAGCGAAGGCUGCGGUAAACCUCCUCAUUCUCUGACGUGGGAUGCUGUAGGCGAUGAGAGUGGGCCUGACGCUUUUUCUCAAUUAACCUGAACACCUCCUCUGUCAGCCAGGGUUUCUGGGGAGGUCUGGACCGCGUACCCAAAGCAGCCAUUGCAGCUGCAUGAGUCACAGUCUUAAACCGCGCCCAUUUCCCCUUGACAUCAUGUGGAGUGGGGGACGAUGCCAACCCCAGCUGCAAGCGAUGAUGAAAUUCUCGCUUGCAACUUUCAUCAGCUAACUGAGACCAGGCCACUUUUGGUUGGAAUGGGAUCCUGGGUGUACACCCACCACCGGAGUGGAAGAAAGGCAGGCGCAUCUUACAGAUGACUAGUCGAUGGUCAGAGGACAGAUCAGCUCCACGGUAGGUCCUGGUGUCAAGGACAUGGGUUCGCAUCCGCUGGUCCGUCACUAUGUAGUCCAGCAGAUGUUCUUGCUUGGACCCGGCAUGUAUCCAUGAUGUUGUGUGGAUGCGCCGAUGCCGGAAGAGCGUGUUGGUAAUUACAAGCCCAUGGGCUGCACAAAAAUCUAGCAGCCUCCUACCGUUAUUAUUGAGCUGAUCUGGCCCAUGCCUUCCAAUCACUCCAGACCAGGUACCAGCAUCAUGACCAACUCGGGCAUUGAAGUCACCCAACAAGAUGACUCUGUCCCGAGUGGCCACUUUAGCCAGCACCUGUGACAGGAGGUCAUAGAAAGAGUCUGACUCAUCGGCUUUGCCUGCAUCCCUCCACGGAUGUUCGUCUUCGGUGGGGGCAUAAGUAACCACGACCACCACUCCUCGCCUCUGGUUGAUGGGAAGGCGAGCCCAAAGUAUCCUGGGGCUUACAGCUUCCCACACCUCACCGCCACGCUCCCACGCCCCCUUCAUUCUUUUGUUCAGAAGAAGAGCCACACCCUGUUGUUUGGCAGUCUCCUGCCCCGAGUAGAGGACUGUCCACCCCUCAUGGUGGCAGGAGCCAGAACCGGUCCACCGGACCUCCUGAAUGCCACAGAGAUCCAGGCGGUACCGGUCCAGCUCCCGACAGAGGAGUGGCAGCCUCUCCUCCGCAGUGAGCGUUCGAACAUUCCACGUGGCCAUCCGCAAUGGUUUUUUGUUGUUUCUGGAGGAGCCCCGAGGGUGAAAAUUCAAUCUCCUGGCUCCGCCAAAUGGGGUUUGGCCAGGAGACGUCAUAAAAGCCUGACCCCCCGGGGCCUCCGGCACAAGCUUAUUUGUUACAGGUUUAUGUUUAAUUCGUGGUUUAGUGGUGGUUAAUUGAAGGUGGAGGGGUUACCAGCCCCUCGCACCCGUCCAGAGCCCCCGUUUAGCCACUGUGGUGGUCACAGACGCCAUGAGGGGAGAGGCCAAUGGGCAUUGGCCCUCCCCCCACAGCACUGCCCACGACAGUGUUGCCCGUCCGGCACCGCGAGGAGGUAGGAGGUUGUUUUGCCGGACACACACACACAGACCACUUACACACAGACCACUUACACACAGACCACUCACACAGACCACUCACACACAGACCAUAUACACACACAGACCACACACACACACACAGACCACUCACACACAGACCAUACACACACACACACAGACCACUCACACACAGACCAUACACACACACAGACCACACACACACAGACCACUCACACAGACCACACUCACACAGACCACACACUCACAGACCACUCACACAGACCAUACACACACACAGACCAUACACUCACACAGACCAUACACACACACAGACCACUCACACACAGACCACACACACAGACCAUACACACACACAGACCACACACUCACAGACCAUACACACACACAGACCACACACACACAGACCACUCACACACAGACCAUACACACACACAGACCACUCACACACAGACCACACACACAGACCAUACACACACACAGACCACACACUCACAGACCAUACACACUCACAGACCAUACACACACACAGACCACACACUCACAGACCAUACACACAGACCAUACACACACACAGACCACUCACACACAGACCACACACACAGACCAUACACACACACAGACCACACACUCACAGACCAUACACCCUCACAGACCAUACACACACACAGACCACUCACACACAGACCACACACACAGACCAUACACACACACAGACCACACACUCACAGACCAUACACACACACAGACCACUCACACACAGACCACUCGCACAGACCACUCACACAGACCACACACAACAACAACCGCCAUUCGCCACUAAGUGGUGGCGACAUCACCACGACACUUGUGCCAGGCUAUGUGCAUGUUGAGGCCACGUGAAGUGUCGAAUGCCCGCUGGCAGGAGGUCACGGGGCAGACCCAGGUGCCACGGGUCGACUGACUGAGAUGACUGGCUGAUGCACCACCUGUGCCCCCUACUGUACCAACUUGCUGUGCUUUAGCCACCCGGUGCUCCGCUCGUUGUUGUGAGCGUCGCUCCUCCGCCCUCCGUUGUUGUUGGAGGGCGACUGCCUCCAACUGCCCAGUAGCGUCCUUCACGUGCCUCCUCCACAGAGGCCGAUCUUGACACCGCUGGUACCAGUCAUCGGCAAGUCCACUCAGCUCCACGUCCUCCUGCACCACAUCACUCCAUCUCUUCUCUAGCCCGUGCCGCGCCCGUUUAGCCCCCUCGAUCCGGCCGAACAAAAGCUGUUUAGGCAUGCGGUGGCUGGGCAUGCAGGCUACAUGUCCCAGCCAACGCAGCCUUGCCUGCCAGAGGAGCUCUCCGAUGGGACUUUGUCCAGAUCUUUCAAGGAUUUAUGAGCUCGCACAAUCCAGCCUGGUUAAAUCCAGGAUGGAUUGUAGGCAGGCCAGCCUAAAUAUUUGUAACCGGCGAAGAUGUUCCUUGAGGGGGGUCCACGUUUCGCAAGCGUAGAGAAGGGAGGGAAUGACCGUGGCCGAGAAGAUCUGAAGCUUCGUGCGGAGCGACAGACCAGGUAGCUUGCACACAGCGUUAUGCAACCGAUGAAAAGAUCAUGCCACUCGACUGAUUCGGAGUGAGACCUCUGCUGUCAUGAGCACACUGCCCAGGUAUGGGAAACUCUCCACUUUCUCCACAACUGCCCUAUCACCAAUUGGGAGUUGUGGGGGUGGAGUGCCCGAUGGUACAACCCUCGCUUCUCUCCCACCCAAAGUUGAAUUUUCUCGCCCAAGGAGAUUUUAAUUUUCCAACUGAUAAAUAAAUCAUGUACAGUCCAUACAACGAUGCCGUGCGAUUGUCCAGAGAAUUACUUUGGCACGGGAUUUCAACAAACUAUUACAUAAUGUAUGAAAAAUAAGAAUAUGAGGUGUUAAGGUGUGCAGACACCAAAUAGAAACCUUUUGCAAGGAAUCCAGUCUGCAAUAACCACACAGUACUUGUGGUCUACAUGCAAACAAACAUGCUUUCAUAAUUAUAUAUGCAUUGGUCAGAUAAUCGUCACCGGGGUUGGUGGCCGUGAGCGGGAAUCGAACUCGGGUCGCCGGGUUCAUAGUGCGGUGCGCUAAUCGUUACGCUACCGCUCCCCAUAGCACCUGCGUUUAUCCGAUAAAAGGGUUAAACUGUG